CAAAAAAAGAUCAAAACAAACUCAAUCAAAUUCAAUUACAACAUGCCAAAGCAUCAUAAUACGCUCAAAACAGCACGGAUUUUUUCGCCAAUAAUAAAAAGCGAAGGCAAAAUAACUGCCCAUUAAUUUGGAUAUAGUUACAGUUAUUGCUUUUUUUUGGUGGUGUUAAUCGACUUUGAUAUGGGAGCCCCUUUUUUGCGGUUCGAACUUUUUUCUCAGUUGGUGCGUGGCUUGAACCCUGACGCGCAAAGUCAAAUUGGCCCUGGCUCCCUGCCCUUGGCGGGGCUUAGCAGGCGAACAUGACAGACGGCGGUCAUGGCCGGAGCUACAGGCUUCACCCUGGCCAUGACAGAGUCAGGUCAGGGGAGCGAGAUGGUACCAUGUCGCCUCACCGUGCCGUCGAUAAAAAGACGACUUGUUCGCCGUUGUCGAGGCUUGGAGUUGGUCUUUUCCCCCAUCGCCAGAUCCGCGAGAGCAUUCCUUCAUUUGCCGCUUGGCCUCCUGCUUCCGCACUCUCUUUUCCUUUCCUUACUGUCCGUUCUUGCGAGCCACACAGUCCUUCAUUCAAGACCUUCAUUCAAGACCAGCAAAACCAACCCGCCAACAUGGUUUCCUUCUUCACACUCGCCCUCGCUGCGGCCUCGGCCAUGGCCGUCCAGGGCGCCUCGAUCCCGCGCCAGGCGGCCAAGCCCGUGUGGCUGACCCUGCCGCCGACGCCCGAGCUGCCGGCGCCCAUCUCGACGGCGACGACCAAGAUCAACGGCGUCGACCUGUGGAUGCAAAAGUACAACGAAAAGGCCGGCGUCACCCCCAUCGUCAUGGACCACGGCGGCCUCGGGUACAGCGCCUACUUUGGCGACGUCAUCAAGCGCCUCGUCGCCAACGGCCACUACGUCAUCGCCCUCGACCGCCGCGGCCACGGCCGCAGCACCUUUGGGGCCGACGACAAGUUCACCUUUGACAUGUUCGCCCAGGACACGGACGCGCUGCUCAAGCAGGCGGGCGUGACCAAGAGCGUCAUGGUCGGCUGGUCGGACGGCGGCAUCACCACCAUGGCGGCGCUGCUGAACCCCAAGAUCGCGCCCAGCAUCGAGAAGGCCUUCCUGUUCGGCGCCACGGCCCUGCCCUCGGACACCAACGCCACCUUCAGCAGCACCGCCGUCUUCUCCGAGUUCGUGGCCCGCUCCGGCAAGGAGUACGCGGCGCUGCAGCCCAAGGCCAGCUUCACGUCCUUCGCCACAAAGGUCAGCGUCAUGGAGGCGUCGCUGCCGCAGUUCGGGCCCGACGUGCUCGCCAAGAUCGACGGCAAGAAGGUGACGGUCGCCGAGGCCGAGCACGAGGAGGCCGUGGCGCUCGGCGUCGCGAAGCGCCUGAGCCAGUCCAUCAAGGGCAGCAAGCUGGUGACGCUCAAGGGCGUUAGCCACUUUGCGCCGCUGCAAGACCCGGCCGGCUUUACCCAGGCCAUUGAGAACUUCCUCAAGGCUUAGAUCAGAGCGUUUGCAUUCAUUUUGAGCGAUAGACAUAGAAAUAGAAACCAUAAGCAAUUACAACGUUUGCCCAUGUGCCGA